UACCUCCCAGAACCACUGGCAUUUGGCCAACUCUGAGACAUUCAUCCAUUUUCUCCUUAGCAUGACUCAUGGGUAAGCAUGGAGGUGGGAGGAAGAAACAGUGAGAAAUAGCAAGUCGACCAAAGACAGACAGCGUCAGAGCGAGAGACAGAGCGAGAGACAGAGCGAACCUGAGGGAGCGAGAGAGCCUGAGAGAGCGAAAGACAGAGAGCGUGAGACAGAGAACGUGAGACAGAGCGCGUGAGACAGAGAGCGUGAGACAGAGAGCGUGAGAGAGAGAGAGCGUGAGACAGAGAGCGUGAGACAGAGAGCGUGAGACAGAGAGAGGACAUCUGAACGUUUUCAACCUGUGAUAACGGUAGGUGAUGCGAAUCCAAACCAGGGGCUCAUCCAACAUGCGGGGACAAAGGAAAUUCCUCAGCAUGGAAUGCACCGAAGUGAGAUAUUAUUAGGCAAUUAUUUUCACAAGGGGAGGGCUGCCUAUGACAUUUUAUGAUUUUGGAGGGGUUCUACGUAUAUAAAAACGUGAGCAGGGACGAGAAAAAAAGCUGCCACUCAAAAGGAGUCUGAGGAUUGAGUUGUUUGGUGAUGAACAGCACUGUUCAUCCAAUGCGCAAGGUAUUGCGUGAUUGAAAAGUAAGGAUAUAGCAGCUCUGAAUGCGAUGCAAAUGAACUGGACAAACUAAAGGAGAACACACAGGCUUCUGCGUUAGCUGAAGUAGAAACUGGUCUGUUCUAGGGAGUACACAAACCAAAAUACAUCGGCGCCUGGACUACGAGUCAGACAACCAACUCUUGACCUAACAUCCCCUUUACUGUGGUGGUACAACCUGUUCAGUUCUGGAGCGGCGGGGCUUUUUCGAUUGUGACGUGGCCCUUUUGGUUUGUACGCUGAGUCUGAGGAUGAGCCACCGCCCUGUGUGCUGGCUCUGAGCUGCCCUCCACUGCCCUCCCCCGUGCCUGUGGGACCCUGUGACCAUGCUGGCCAAGCCCCCUGAGCCAGCCAGAGCAGAACCACGACCCGCGCCCAGGUCAGCCAUCCCUUCCACAGCAGGAUGUCCCAGCCAGAUGCGGUCCCGCUGGGGACCAACGGCUCGGGGGCCGGGGAGGUGGCCGGAGCUCAGCUGCACUGGGCUGCUCUGCUCAUCAUCAUGGUUAUCAUCCCCACCAUCGGGGGCAACAUCCUGGUCAUCUUGGCCGUGUCGCUGGAGAGGAAGCUGCAAAACGCCACCAACUACUUCCUGAUGUCCCUGGCAGUGGCCGACCUGCUGGUGGGACUCCUGGUGAUGCCCAUCGCCCUCAUCACUGUGCUAUACAAUUCCGGGUGGCCUCUUCCGGAGUUCCUCUGCCCAAUCUGGCUCUUCCUGGACGUCCUGUUCUCCACAGCGUCCAUCAUGCACCUGUGUGCCAUCUCACUGGACCGCUACAUAGCCAUCAAGAAACCCAUUCAGCACAGCCAGUAUAAGUCCAGGUCCAAAGCCAUGGCCAAGAUAGCAGUGGUGUGGCUCAUAUCCAUUGGUAUCGCAAUCCCCAUUCCAAUCAAGGGGCUGAGAAACUACCAUCUUCCAAACAAUGUCACCUUUAACAGCAACCACACCUGCCUACUGAAACCAGACAGCUUCCGAGAGUUCAUCAUGUAUGGCUCCAUGACAGCUUUUUUCAUCCCUUUAACCAUCAUGAUGGUCAUCUACCUGCUCACCAUUCAGGUGUUGCGCAAGAAAGCUUUUCUGCUCAGGUCAAAGGUCACCCAGCGCUUCACUCGGCCAACAGUCUCCACAGUCUUCCAGAGGGAGCAGUCCAUGGCCUCUCCCACAACUGAGAAACAUCCAGGAAAUUCCACCCCUCCUACCAACCCAAUGACAAGUGAAGAUAUCCCCAUCCGUCGCAUGUCCACCAUGGGCAAGAAGUCCAUGCAAAACCUGACCAAUGAGCAGCGUGCCUCUAAGGUGCUGGGCAUCGUCUUCCUGCUGUUUGUGGUCAUGUGGUGCCCAUUCUUUAUCACUAACAUCACCUCUGUGCUUUGUGCGAGCUGCGACGUCAAUGUGAUCGGCCGUCUGAUGGAGAUCUUUGUGUGGGUGGGCUACGUGUCAUCUGGUAUCAACCCACUGGUCUACACCCUCUUCAACAAGACUUUCCGCCAGGCCUUUACACGCUACAUCACCUUUAACUACAGCCGCAUCAGUAAUGGGCCAGCCAGCCAUACAAGGGAACAGCAUGGCUGCAGGAAUCUAACACGGAUCUCCUUCCGUUCAUCUGUGGCAGAGAACUCUAAGCUGUUCAUGAAGCGGGGAAUGAAAAACGGCAUCGGGCCAGUGUGCUAUCAGAGUCAACUGAGCCGAAAGCAAGCACCAAUACAGUCCUCUGGCAGCGUUCUACUGGACACCCUGCUCCUUACCGAGAAUGAGGAUUGCAAAUCCGAAGAGCAUGUCAGUUACUUGUAGGCCUUUCGGAAAAUGCAGUCAGCAAAAGGGAAACAAUUAGAACCAGAAAGUCACAUGUAAGAGGCACCCAAGGCUUGAGUUGUGAGCUCCCCAGGGGAUUACCUUCCAUGAGCAUCACGUGGAUUAUUUUCUAUUCAAGAAAACAGUGUGCUCUCAGGGGGAAAACAAAAAGGAGACGUUGAUUUCUGUCAAACAACUAAGUAGGCCCUCUGUACAGAGAUAGCUGAACAUUAUGCGUAAAAUGAGACAUCAAACAGGUGUGUUGAGGUGGUUGCCCUCAAUAAAAGAUAAGCUGACAAGGGUCAGGUUGGAUUGUUCCUAAGAAAGCCACACGAGAAAUACAUAAGGAAUGAAGACCUAUGACUGUCUGGAAACUCUCUCAGAGCAUACAAUGUGUAUUCCAAUGCUAAUCCUGUCACCUUGGGCUAUUUAGUUCUCUGCUAUGGACAAUUUCCAUUGAGGAGAUGACAUUCUUACCUAUUGAGAGGACAAACACUUCACCUUCACACAAUAGUUUAUAAAUACCACCCAUUUUAAUUGCAUUUUUUUGGUAAGUGCUUUUAUGAAUAUUAACAGAUUUAUUGUAUAGUCACAGGUCCAAUUUUCCCAAACUGUUAUAGCAUCCAAAUUGAUUAUUAUAUAUAAAAUGCAAUAAAGACAAAACCUUUGCAAACGGGAAGAUUGUAAAAUACAAAUGUAUAGCCUACAGAUGGAUAUGUAUUUAGCAUAAAAUUCCUGGUUCAUAAAUUGCUAAAACUGUGCUUUGCUAAAAGAAAAGCCAAAAGUAUGUCUUUUUUUUUUAUUUAUUUUUUUACAGUUCUUAAAGGGACAAUCAGCAGUUGAAACAUUAAAAAUAUUAUCCCCAUCCCUGUUCCAGUAAAAAGCUGAGGGAUGGAUCUGGAGAAAUGUAACCACUCAAAUUCAUAGGCAGAGCUAUGGAUGCAAGGACUGACCAGCUAAGAUAUUCAAACGACUGUUUUAGCCACAUUUUGAAGCUAUAAAACAGGGUCUUACAUUGACUAUGCCCGAUGGAUCUCGUCAGUCACUGGCCCAGUAACUAUUCAGCGCAUUUUCGUGUUCCAGUUCAACAUUUACCCGCUCUACCACUGAAUACUACACGCGAUAAAGUCAUGCCAUUUGUAUUUCAGCAAUAUGAUUGACCGUUCAUUGAAGCACCACUUGUUCCCGCAAGUCACAACUACAGCACAUUAAAUAAAAUAAAAUAUUAGCCGACGCCAAAGGCCUUUACACAGCACACACACGAGCUGUCCUGAGCAAAAUAAAUGGUCAUUAAUCCAUUCGCUGAGCUCCUUUACUUUAGGGAAAGUGAUUUACAACCUUAAAUAGUGAACAUACAGUACUAGCAAUAUGCGGGCUACUGUUGAUAGGCUGCAAAAAGACACCUAGCAUGUGUCUUGGCUAGCCUACUGUAGCGAGUUGAUAUAUUUUGGAAUGUUUGUCUUAAAGGGGCAGUGUCCUAUUUUGGGAUGUAAAAAAAAUCAUCUCAAAAUGACAUACUUUAGAAUAAAAUGAAAGCAUUUAAUACAAUUCAAAAGAAUAUAGUAAUGACUUGCAUUGCAAAAUUAUAUUACACAGCUUUAUAAUAACUAGAUGUAAUCCUGGAAGUGAAUGUUGGAAUUAAACAAUUAACUAUGCAAAUGAGCAAAAGGUGUGUGCAUUAAGGAAAUCGACGCCAGGCUCAAAAAGAAACCUGUCUCUAAUAAGCGCCCGUUUUGUUCAGUGAUUUAAACAAAUAAACGCCAAGGCUAUUAAAUUGACAUUUUACAGUGGAAUAGUUUUACGUUAAAUACUCCAGGCAACAAGAUGGCAGUAGCUUGUGCCUGCUGUAGCUAAUGUAAGCUAACUAGCAAGCUAUGCUAAUUUUGUUGCUAGCUAGCUAGAAUUUUUAGAAAGCCCUUGUUGAUACUACAUUGACAUUUUUGUCAUUUAUCAGAGUAUGUUGCUAUGGCAUCAACAGCCCAUUCCCACAGGGUGCAUUGCGAGAUGGUAUUUGAAGGACAAACAGAGUUGAAAAAUUUGGUACACUGUUUAGAUUGAACACAUCCAAGUGAAAUAUAUACUUUAUCAUGACGAUAUAAAACGGAUGGAUGUGUUCUAGACAAGUAUGCCCAUACCAUCCAUUGGCCUUUUGGCAAUCUGGAGUAGAGGUCGGACGAUUAUGAUUUUUCAAUGCUGAUACCGAAUUAUUGGAGGACAAAAAAAGCCGAUACCGAUUAAUCGGCUGAUUUAUUAAAAAAAAAAAAAAUGCUAUAUAUAUAUAUAUCACACACACACAUUUUUGUAAUAAUGACAAUUGCAACAAUACUGAAUGAACAAUGAACACUUUUAUUUUAACUUAAUAUAAUACAUAAAUACACACACAGCUCUGAAGUGACAAUGAUACUGAAGAGUCUGCUUAGGAGACAAAUACUCUCAACUGUUUGAAUAAAAAUAGAGUUUAAGUUACCUGUGAUGAAUGUUGAAAACAAAAACUUUAAUUUCUAUAUGCAGGAAAUCCUAUUUUAAUAAUGGGCAUGGUAAGAAUUGACAACCAAAGUGCGAGUCAUAAUUCCCAUGACACCUUUCAGCAAAAUCUGAAAAGCGGUUCCUUCAUUUAUUCCAUAGGAUAUUUUUAGAUUCACUUAAAAUAAGGUCUGUGUUUCGUGUAGGCUUACAACACCGUGCCAAUUUUAUAACUGUGUAGAUAUCCACAGGACAAGGUAACUCUGAUCAAUAUUGGCUAAAUAUAAGCGAAGAUACAUUUUUUUGUAGAGUGGAUUUAUGAAAAUAUGUUGACAAACGUUACCUUAUCCUAGUGAGAUUUACACGGGUAUCAAAACGUCAAGGCGGUUUAAGCCUGCACGAAACACAGACCUUAUUUGAAGUAGAUCAAGACAUUCUAUGGAAGACAUGAACGGUAAAAUAACGAAAGAACCCCUUUCAAAUUCAGCCGCAAGUUUUUACAGGAAUUAUAACGCGUCGACUAUUUCUCUCUAAACCAUAUACCUUUGACUAAUCCGGAAACUAUCACCUCAAAAACAAAACGUUUAUUCCGUUCCGUAUUUUAUCUAACGGGUGGCAUCCAUAAGUCUAAAUAUUCCUGUUACAUUGCACAACCUUCAAUGUUGUCAUAAUUACGUAAAAUUCUGGCAAAUUAGUUCGCAAAGAGCCAGGCGGCCCAAACUGUUGCAUAUACCCUGACUCUGCGUGCAAUGAACGCAAGAGAAAUGACACAAUUUCACCUGGUUAAUAUUGCCUGCCAUCCUGGAUUUCUUUUAGCUAAAUAUGCAGGUUUAAAAAUAUAUACUUGUGUAUUGAUUUUAAGAAAGGCAUUGAUGUUUAUGGUUAAGUACACAUUGGAGCAAUGACAGUCAUUGAUUGAUUGUUUUUUAUAAGAUAAGUUUAAUGCUAGCUAGCAACUUACCUUAGCUUACUGCAUUCGCUAACAGGCAGGCUCCUCGUGGAGUGCAAUGUAAUCAGGUGUUAGAGCAUUGGACUAGUUAACUGUAAGGUUGCAAGAUUGGAUCCCCCGAGUUCACAAGGUUAAAAAUCUGAGGCAGAACGUUCCUAGGCCGCCAUUGAAAAUAAGAAUGUGUUCUUAACUGACUUGCCUAGUUAAAUGAAGAUUAAAUAAAGGUGUAAAAAAAUAUAUACCGAUUUCCGAUUGUUAGGAAAACUUGAAAUCGGCCAUUCCGAUUAAUCGGUCAACCUCUAAUCUGGAGUGCAGGAAAUUGUCUUCAAAGGGCUAUGAAAUGUGAUAGUGUGUUAUCCCCCAUCUCCAGUGAUGAGAACCAUGUAGCUAUGACGCGUUCCUACACAAUUUCCUCAUUUCACAGACGGACCACUUAGGAGUUAAAUCAUGGGGAGUUCUCUUUUUUUACCCACUGAUAAAACAUAGGCUUUCAGCAAAUUGACAGAAGUAUCAUGAUUUUUAUUUCUGGGGGUAGAUUACUCUUUAAAAUAGCUAGAUAGGACUAGAGCGAUUGCGGUGACCGUAUUACCGCCAGUCAUGAGUCUUGACCGCAGCAAAAUUUCAGCCAAUUUCAGUAAACUCAGUACCGUUCGCUCAGUACCAUUUUUUUGUCCAGUAUGAACUCAAACCCCUCAAAAGAGCUGCCGAAGCAAACUGAAAAUACAAUUAAGAGGUGGUCUGAGAUCAGGUUAGACAACCUCUCGAAAUGCUCUCCAAGUUCACUUGUCAUUAUUCCCGCACCACACACUAGACUACUGCAACACCGUUUCCCCUGCCACAAACCCUUACAUUGGUGCCACAAGAGAGAAGAUGUGCAGGUUCGCGGAAAAAACGUGCCGUUUUUGGAUACUGAUUAGGGAUGGUCAAGAAUGCACAGAAAUUCCAAAAUAUGUGUAAAGAUUUUAGUUCAGAUUAUUUGUUUGCAGUAUGUGAACUAUAGGCUAAAAUAGCUUCAUCAGCUGUUUAUUUAAUUGGGGUUUGAAUAGUGUGAAAAGACAACAUAUUUGGUAAGAAUCAAAACACAAGGUAUGCCUACAAAAUAAAUUAUAGCUCUUAAAAAGGGGCAAUAGCCUACAUUAGGACGCACAGGGUGCUGUAAUUAUAAAUUACAGCAUUAUUUAAUCUGCAGUUAUUCUUCUGCUAUUUAUUCUGUUACCAAUAAUAUUUACAUGUUAUUAGUAUUUUCAGAUUGCAUAGUUAAAAGAUGUGACAAUAAAUGUAAUCUAUUAGCUUCCAAAAUGUAAGUAGGUAUAUCUAUACUGAACAAAAAUAUAAAACGCAACAUGUAAAGUGUUGGUUCCAUGUUUUAUGAGCUGGAAAAAAAGAUCACACAUUUUUCAUACGCACAAAAAGCUUCUCUCUCAAAUGCUGUGCACAAUUCUGUUUACAUCCCUGGUAGUGAGCAUUUAUCCUUUGCCAAGAUAAUCCAUCCACCUGACAGGUGUGGCAUAUCAAGAAGCUGAUUAAACAGCAUGAUCAUUACAGGUGCAGCUACUGCCGGGGACAUUAAAAAGCCACUCGAAAAUGUGCAGUUUUGUCACACAACAGAAUGCCACAGAUGUCUCAAGUUGAGGAAGCGUGCAAUUGGCAUGCUGACUCCAGGAAUGUCCACCAGAGCAGUUGCCAGAUAAUUUAAUGUUAAUUUCUCUACCAUAAGCCGCCUCCAACAUCGUUUUAGAGAAUUUGGCAGGUAUGUCCAACCUCCCUCACAACUGCAGACUGUGUAACCACGCCAGCCCAGGACCUCCACAUCCGGGAUCGUUGGAGAGACCAGCCAUCCGGACAGCUGAUGAAACUGAGGAGUAUUUCUGUCUGCAAUAAAGCCCUUUUGUGGGGGAAAAAAAAUCAUUCUUAUUGGCUAGGCCUGGCUCCCCAGUUGGUGGGCCUACCUCCCAAGUAGGUGGGCCUGUGCCCUACCAGGCCCACACAUGGCUGUGCCCCUGCCCAGUCAUGUGAAAUCCCUAAAUUAGGGCCUAAUUUAUUUAAAGUGACUAAUUUCCUUAUGAACUGUAACUCAGUAAAAUCGUUUAAAUUGUUGCGUCUAUAUUUUUGUUCAGUAUAGCUGUCUGAUAACACAUUGAUGGAAUGGCUUGUCCUGCUAAUGGUAAAAACCCAAAAUGCAUUGCAUAAAUGUUGGGAAAAUAUAGUGGUUAUUUUCUAAACAUAGAAGGCCUGCAUCCCGGAGUCGCCUCUUCACUGUUGGCAUUGAGACUGGUGUUUUGCGGAUACUAUUUAAUGAAGCUGCCAGUUGGGACUUGUGAGGUGUCUGUUUCUCCAACUAGACACUAAUGUACUUGUCCUCUUGCUCAGUUGUACACCGGGGCCUCCCACUCCUCUUUCUAUUCUGGUUAGAGCCAGUUUGUGCUGUUCUGUGAAGGGCGUUAUACACAGCGUUGUACGAGAUCUUCAGUUUCUUGGCAAUUUCUGGCAUGGAAUAGCCUUCAUUUCUCAGAACAUGAAUAGACCGACGAGUUUCAGAAGAAAGUUAUUUGUUUCUGGCCAUUUUGAGCCUGUAAUCGAACCCACAAAUGCUGAUCAAAUCAAAUGUAUUUAUAUAGCCCUUUUUACAUCAGCUGAUAUCUCAAAGUGCUGUACAGAAACCCAGCCUAAAACCCCAAACAGUAAGCAAUACAGGUGUAUAAGCACAGUGGCUAGGAAAAACUCCCUAGAAAGGCCAAAACCUAGGAAGAAACCUAGAGAGGAACCAGGCUAUGAGGGGUGGCCAGUCCUCUUCUGGCUGUGCCGGGUGGAGAUUAUAACAGAACAUGGCCAAGAUGUUCAAAUGUUCAUAAAUGACCAGCAUGAUUAAAUAAUAAUAAAUCACAGCAGUUGUCCAGGGUGAACCUCAGGAGUAAAUGUCAGUUGGCUUUUCAUAGCCGAUCAUUGAGAGUAUAUCUACCGCUCCUGCUGUCUCUAGAGAGAAAACAGCAGGUCUGGGAUAGGUAGCACAUCUGAUGCUCCAGAUACUCAACUAGUCUAAAGAAGGCCAGUUUACUGCUUCUUUAAUAAGCACAACAGUUUUCAGAGGUGCUAACAUAAUUGCAAAAGGGUUUUCUAAAGAUCUUUUAGCCUUUUAAAAUUAUAAAUUUGGAUUAGCUAACACAACGUGCCAUUGGAACACAGGAGUGAUGGUUGCUGAUAAAAUAUUUUAAAUGUCCUUGGUAAAUAAUUGGUCUAGGCUAUAUUCCAGAAUUAAACAAAUUCUAGUAAUCUCUUUUGAGUGUGGACUGUAUUAUUAUCCAUACUGGAUGGGCUGGUGCCUUAUGAAUAGAAUGUUUGGAGUGUAGCAUGAGUCUGGGAGAGAAAGUAUAGGCCUAGGCAACGCUAUUGGCUCAUUGAUUUUGCAGGGCGGCUUACAGAGUUGGCCUACAAUUAUAGUGAAUUUAUAUGUUCAUAAUUAAUAG